CCACCCGUAAGGGAUGACUUCCUCCCGCCAGGUCCGUACUCGCCCCGUCCCCCGGCCCGCCGUGACGUCAGCCCAAUUAGCUCCUCCGGCCGCCGCCAAUUAAACCCCCUUCAAUUAAUCUCCAUCUCCGGCAACAAGCGGCCUUUUCAUUUUCGUCGCCUGAAAAAUCGCCGUCUGUUUCCCUCAUUUCCCCCUCGGUCAGGCUCUGCACGGCUGUGUAUUUUCGAGUGGGCGUCGACUCGCUCAGCAUCUGUUAAAAAUAUCACGAAAUUGUCUUAAUUGACUGAGCUCAUUCACAGUCGGCUAUGACACUUGUUGCUUCACGAACAAAUGAAAACGCAGUAGUUUUGGCUCGGUUUGAGCGGAAAAAUGGAGUUUUACCACGGGAACGGUGCUGGAAAUAAGAGGAAAAAGUGCGCGGCCAAUGGGAGCGAGGAGGUCGGGGCACCUGUGCGACAGAGGAGUCAGGCGAAUGCGAGGGAGAGAGAUAGGACGCACAGAUGUAAUGAAGCCAAGAAAAUUUUGGACAUAUAUUCAAAACCCAAAAGCGUGAACACGGCCUUCUCCACCCUUAGAACCCUCAUCCCCACGGAACCCAAGGACCGCAAACUUAGCAAAAUCGAGACCCUGCGACUAGCCUCCAGCUACAUCUCCCACUUGGGCACCCAACUCAUGGCGGGCCCCAUCGACCAGCCCUGCCUGAGACUGGCCAACAAAAUCGACGAAACGUCGAACCGAGUGUGCACUUUUUGCAUCGCUCACAAAAAAUUACCAAAACAAGACGAGUACGACUACACCCCGAAUUUCGAGAGCCAGAUCGUGCUGAAUCCCGGCUCCCCGAACGCCAUUUUCGCCACUAACGACUUAACCGCCAUCUAUUACUAAUCGCACGAAGCGGAUGGUUUUGGGACCACUCUGUAUAUUUUAAGCUAGUUAUUAACG